AGCAGGUAGGGUCCUUGAUGUGGUCUCCAGCAGAAAGUUUCACGCGCCGAUGCAGUUGCCUCUUGUCUAGCAUGGGCGGCGUGAUUUUUGACUCGAUGGACUCGUGUUGCUCGUGAUUUUAAUUCGGAAAUUCCACGGUAGAAUUACCACAAUGGCGAAAAGAAAACUCGCGAUGUCAUCAUCUUCAAAAUUAAUUUAAUUACGAGGCACAUUCCUCAAGGAAAAGUGAAGAAGAGAAGUAAAAUCGGAAUGGCCUUAUUGCCAUGUUAAAGUAACUAGAUUCAGUGACUUUCCUCUUCAACUGGUCUCAACUGCAUGGCCAUAUCCUUGAUGCAACAUCGGCGACCGGACCUCGUAACGAUUACGACACCUGUUCAGAGUAGAAAAUAAAUAUCCAUUAGGGAGAUACCAAAAUGACCCGCAAAUUGAGCAAGUUUCUGAUACUGUUCGAUAAUACGAAUUUGCUAUAUUUCCCGGGACAUUUCUUGUCUGGAAGGGUCCUCAUCGAGUUGGACGAUGAAGCAUAUGUGUCGGGUUUACACUUUCAUGUCAUCGGGGAAGGGGUCGUCAGAGUACGAAGUCACCGAUCAGAGAGGGUUUACGAUAAAGAAAAUUACAUCGACUUUCGAAUGAGACUUUUAGGAGAACCAGGCGAGGGACCUUCUUUAUUGUCACCUGGUAUACACAGCUUUCCCUUCAAGUUGGGAUUACCAUUAGGAUUGCCUUCCACAUUCCUGGGAAAAAAUGGUUGGGUUCAGUAUUACUGCAAAGCUGCCCUCAGGGAACCUGGUGGAUUGACUCACAAGAAUCAACAGGUUUUCAUAGUCAUGAAUCCAAUCGAUCUAAACCUCGAACCUCCAAUUUUGGCUCAACCGGCAAGAUUAGAGGUUGAACAACGAGUAGGUGUAUCGUGUGUCUCAAGUGGACCGGUAUUCUGUCGGGUGAGCUUAGACAGAGGUGGUUACGUCCCUGGUGAAACUAUCGGCAUUUCAGCCACUGUCAGCAAUCGCAGCAAGGUAACGAUGAAGUCAACGAAAGCAUCUCUCACGGAGACAAUUCAAUAUUUAUGUAGAGGUAAAGUUCUUGCAAGUGAAACUCGAGAAUUAGCAAGUGUUUCCAGAGGGAAAAUCCGACCAGGAGAAGCUGAAGAAUGGUUAAAUGAACAAAUGUAUGUUCCACCACUGCCUCCCACAAAUUUAAGGGGAUGUCACCUAAUUAACGUCCUUUACCACGUUUAUUUCGUAAUAAGCCCAAAGAGUCUGGACAAGGAAAUAAAAUUACAAAUUCCAAUUGUCCUUGCCACAUAUCCUCUCAGACAAGAAGGGGCUCCAGCAGGAACUGCGCCAUCGAAAAGAGGAGCUCAUUAUCCAUCUACACUGCCAAUUUUUCGACCAUGGCUCGAUGACAAGGCUUUUGAAGUACAAGAAUAAUUAUACUUGACUCUUUAAAAAGGGAUUCAAGAAUAAGGCCAUGUAAUACUCUCCCGAUUCCUGCCUCACGGACAUUUUUUCACAAAAACUCACGUCCACGCGAAUUGAGUAGAAAUCUGCGGUAAGUAUUACAUGACCUUAAGAGCUGGACUAAUGUGUCAAUUGACAAUGUAAGCACUGAAUUUUGCAAUCCUAAGAAUUAACAGAGUCCCAAUUCAGUUCCUUAUUAAAUAUUGAAUAAGAAUUCCUUAGCUUUUUAAGCACCAACACAGUCAAUACUGUAGAUUUGUCUUUCUCUGAUGAAAAAGUUAGAGGAUGAUAAGAUAUUGCAGAAAGAAGAUACAAUCAUUCUAUAAAUACAAGAUUAUUCUUCUCUAGAAUAUUAUUCUAGAUCAGUUUGAUCGUCUCGACAAGGUUUUUGCCUUGUAUUUAUUAUAUGUGAGUUUGUACCUCGUUUAUACAAGUAUGAUACUGUGCAAUUAUAAGUAAAGGAAACUGCCAUAAUUAGCGUGUAAAUCUUUGUAUAGAUAAUGUUUAAUUAAUCUAAUAUGAAUAUGUUUGCAUGAACCAUGAUCUUAUAUUAAAUGCGAGACAGUUAUGGAUCAUAAUGUUAAUGUGAUUGAUAAUAAAAAUAUUGUACAUUGAUG